UGAAGCGGAGUAAGAUUCAUCUGCAAAAUUGUUCCGACUCUCCACUAUCCUCCCAAUGAAACACUCCCUGUCUGUGUGUCGACCCGGUGCAUUGUGAAGCUUGGCGUUGGUGUCUCCCUGGCUUCCCUCUGGAUCGGAACCUGAGGAGAGAUGCGACGCCUCGGAGGGAGAGUCGGAGCGGCCAGGAAGCAGCAGCAGCAGCAGCAGCAGCAGACACCUGCGAGCAACAUCUGACUUUGUUUCUGAGCGCCCCAGUGAAAGGUUUACUUCUGGUCACCACUAUGACUGAUGGGGAUUAUGACUACCUGAUAAAGCUCCUUGCUCUCGGGGACUCCGGCGUGGGGAAGACCACCUUCCUGUACCGAUACACAGACAACAAGUUCAACCCCAAGUUCAUCACUACAGUCGGCAUCGACUUCAGGGAAAAGAGAGUGGUUUACACGGCCUCCAACCCUAAUGGCACCACCGCAGGGAAAACCUUUAAGGUCCACCUUCAGCUCUGGGACACAGCAGGACAGGAGAGGUUCCGCAGCCUGACCACAGCCUUCUUCAGGGAUGCCAUGGGGUUCCUGCUGAUGUUCGACCUCACCAGCCAGCAGAGCUUCCUAAAUGUCCGGAACUGGAUGAGUCAGCUUCAGGCCAACGCCUACUGCGAGAACCCCGAUAUCGUGUUGGUGGGGAACAAAGCCGACCUGGCGGAUCAGAGGGAGGUUCAGGAGAAACAAGCAAAAGAGCUGGCUGACAAAUACGGGAUCCCGUACUUCGAGACCAGCGCCGCCACGGGCGUGGAGGUGGACAAGGCCGUGAUCACGCUCCUGGAUCUGGUCAUGAAGAGGAUGGAACAGUGCGUGGACAAGCCACCCGCCGAACCAGCCAACGGCAACGGCGCCACCAAGCUCUCGGCGGCUCAGCCCAGCGAGAAGAAAUGUGCAUGUUAGAAGAAGAGCCACUGCCCCUCUCUCCUCAGCCUGUCACCUUUAACUGCAUGUGUCUUUGUCUGAGUAACCUUCUGCUCCUCUGCCGUGUUGUAGUCUUCAGUCUUUCUUCACAUUCCUGCCGCUCUGGGGGAAUCCUGAAGUCUAACUCUGUCUCACUAGACGUGCCUCCUUUGCCUGACUCGGACAGUUCAUCCAACUCUGGACCAAAGUGUUUGCGUUUUUAUCUCCCCCCUCGCUCUGUGCUACAGCCGUGUUAGGGCCACCGCAGUGUUGGACGGUCGGCAGAAGAUCUCUCUACAGGCCUGACCAGGCCUGGUGGCCUCUGUUUAUGCAUGUUUACAGCUGCGGUUUUUUAUAUUUGUCUUGAAAAUAAAUUUACUGUUGAAAAAGAUGGCUGUCUUCAGUGACGUCCUGUGUUGUGCCAAGGUUUGGCAGCUGUCAUCCGAAUAGUUGAACGGCCUGCAGCCAGAGAGCAAGGCUGCCUGUAUAGUUCCUGCUCCUCCCGUGAGAUCAGUGAGCACCAUUCUGCUCUGCACUUGUUUCAUUCCAAUUGGGAUGUUGCAUCUCAACUCUGGCCUCUCAGGGUCCCCAGUGAGGAAGGAGAAGUUUAGAAAACCUCAGUUUAACCCCUUAAAAGCCAGUGCACUGAGUAGCAUCACAUUGUUUCAGUAUGUUAUCAACAAACCUUUUCGCCUGCAUGAGCUUAUUCUCCUUAAUAGCCAGAGUCACUUCUGACUCUUAUUUCUUCUCAGAGCUCUUGGUGUGAGGCUUUGUAGCGGCUAAUGCAGGCAGAAGGUCAAGGCUGACCUGGGCAGUGUGUGGUCCUGGGGGCCACAUGCAGCCCUCUUGAGGUCAGAGUAAAAUUAGAGAAAAACUAUACUUCGAUUACCUAGAGAUGUUUCUGACUACUGCCUGACAAUUUUAUUAAGUAUGUUUUUUUUUUUUUAUUUGUCAUCACAAGUUCAACUCUAAAUGCAAGUUGUUGUUCUUUGUUUUCUGACUUUAUUUUCUCUGCCUCUCAAAAUAAAUUGAAACAAAAUCAUUUCCUUUGCUAUGAAGUUCCUUUAAAUGAUAUUUACAAUUUUCCUGUACAUAGUUGUUUCAUUAUUCAUAUGGACUAUAAAUGAUAAACAUAUAUGUUGUUAUUCUAUAAACUGCACAUCACGAUUUGGGCUUGAUAAGAUUUCAUGUGUUGUGUGCUAUUAACACCUCAAUUUUUCAUAACCACCUGAGCUCCAUCAUCGUCCUAUGAAGUGACAGCUAUUGCUGUUAACUUCAGAGGCGAAUUGUUUUGGUUCCCCAGGUUAACCUCCACCCUGCUCCAGGUUGACUCUGUAAAUCCCUCAUCUGAUGGAGCCCAGGUCACAUCAUCGAGAUUCUUUGAUAACGUUGGUCCUAAAACAAGUGUUUUCAAAACAAAGAUAUUAAAUAAACACAUCACUGUAGUACUAUAUGGAUGUUAAAAAAGUUAUUUUAUCAAAGCAGAGCUAAAGCUAUAUUCUAUAUAUUAUAUAACGUAUUAAUUCACAACUCGUAUUUUUAAACAGAUUUGUAUUUUUAAGGACGGCAAAAGCGUAUAUAUAGAAGAAAUCAGAGGUCAAAACACUGCUACCUAAGUCACUCAAGUCAACUGCAGUUAGCUAAUAUUGAUGCUUUUUAUGUUAUUUCUGUGUUUGUAACAUAUAUUUUCAAACAUCUUUUCAUUUAUAUUUUAUUGUUCAGAGUUGUGCACCAAAAUUAGCUAGUUAUACCCAAGCAAAAAAAAGCCCUUGUCUGCCUUAAGAAGUUUCAUUUGAAUCCUUUGCACCAAUCGAUGCCUCGAAUAUGAAUUCAUCUGUCAAACUUUGUCUUUGGGAUGCUGAUUUUUUUUAAAUUUAGUUUUAGCAUCAUCCUCAUCUGCUUUUUUUUCUUCUCUCAUGCUUGUAUUCGCCGGCUUUCGGGAUCCUCGUUCUUCCCAGUUUCUCAUGUUAGUCAUGGAGCUGUACUUAUCUGGCCUCCGUUUGUGACCUUCUCAUGAUCAAGUUGGACCUACAGAUCAUUGAAAACACCUCUGACAUCUUGUGAGUUACUUGAGGCGUAUUAUGGAUUCAGUGUGUGAGCAACACCAACAACUUCUGUUCGAUUGAAAAACUUUUUUUAAGAAAUCUUUCGUGUGUAAAAGUCCAGGUGCCUGUGAACAUAUCAGUGUAUUCAUGGCCGCGUGUGUGUUUGUUGCAUGUUUGACGGCAGCAGGAGGAAUGACUUGUGAUGCUGUUUCUGAUGUCAGAGCUGCGAAUA